UUAGCCAAUGCCAUGGCUGUUUUAGACCUUGGUAGAGAUUGGCGUCGCGGGUGUCGUACCAGAGAAAGAGCGACAGCUACUGUCCAAAUUCGCCGAUGAUCCGAAAGCACCCUAUUCGAUCCAUCGUUUCGUACAACAUGGCGCGGUCGCGUGUGGGAAAUAUCCUGGGGAGUGGUUUGGCCCUUCAGCUACAGCCCGAUGCAUCAAAGCCUUGGUCAAUGCGACUGAGACCCAUCUUCGAGUGUAUUCAACUGGCGAUGGACCGGAUGUAUAUGAAGAUAGGUUCUUGGACAUCGCAAAGCCCAGCGGGGAAACAUUCCAUCCAACUCUCAUCCUUGUUGGGACACGGCUCGGCAUUGACAAAAUCACACCUGUAUAUUGGGACGCGCUCAUUGCAGCCUUGCAGAUGCCGCAAUCAAUUGGCAUUGCCGGCGGGCGACCUUCAUCGUCGCACUAUUUUAUCGGAGCACAGGGCUCUUUUCUUUUCUACCUCGAUCCCCAUCACACCAGGACCGCACUACCAUAUCACCAGGAUCCUACCCUGUACGCACAGGUGGACGUGGAUUCUGUCCACACUCGCCGGCUUCGCCGACUACACGUCCGAGAGAUGGAUCCCAGCAUGCUGAUCGGUUUCGUCAUCCAUGAUGAGGACGACUGGGAUGAAUGGAAGCGAAAUGUCAAGCACGUCCAGGGCAAGGCCGUCAUCCACGUAGCAGACUAUGAUCCUGUCCAUCACGGAGCAGCCGGGGGUCGUGCGGGUGCCAUCGAUGAAGUCGAGCUGCUGAGCGAUGACGACGAAGGCAUUGUUUCGGGGGCCUGAAUGGUCCUGCUGUCCACACAACAGUAGUACGAUGAAGUGGUAGCAUAUCAAUGGUGUGUCUCUUGGGCGUUAGGUCGAGCCGAGGAUAUUCAUGGAUUGACGCAUCUAAAGAUAAGCAUGCGGUGGUGUUUAUGGAGUGGGUCUCGGGUCUGCUUUUAUGGAGUUGUAUGAUCUAUCCAUCAAUAUUACUGUGGUUCCUUUCG